AUGGCCUCAUCCACCGAGCAGCCUGCUCGGUUCCAGAAGGCGAUGUGUGAUGAGCGUAUCGCCCGUACUGACGAGACUCCCGAGCCAUACACAGUUUUCACGCGGCUAGAGAAAUGCAUCAUCGUUGCCAUGGUCUCUUACGUAUCUUGGUCCGCCAACCUCAGCACAUUCAUCUUCCUACCAGCUCUGAAGCCCUUAUCCGAGGCUUUCACAGUGUCAGUGGAUAGAAUCAAUCUCAUCAUCACCGUGUAUAUGGCUGUUGGCGCAGUCGUCCCGUUGUUUGUUGGAGAUGCUGCAGAUAUUCUGGGUAGACGGGCCGCGUAUGUAGUGACGUUGUCAUUGUUCGCGACUGCUAACGUCUGUCUUGCGCUGGCGGAUUCCUACGAGACGUUUCUUGGGUUGAGGAUACUGCAGGCUGUUGGCCAGUCUGGAGUCAUCCUUAUCGGAUAUGGCAUCGUCAGUGAUAUUGCGUCGCCAGCAAACAGAGGCUCUUACAUGAGUGCCGUGUCGUUCCUUAUCACAAUCGGACCAAGCCUGGGACCCGUUCUCGGUGGUGCCCUGACGUAUGCUGCUGGAUGGGCAUGGAUAUUCUGGUUCCUUGCCAUUGUGACCGUCUCUGGCCUAGCAUUAAUCGUCUUCCUUCUUCCAGAGACUUCUAGAAAUAUCGUGGGAAAUGGUUCAAAACCAGCCCAGCCGAUUCUGAGGCUUCCUAUUCCAUUCACAAGUUUCAUGAAGCAUUGUCAAGUCGGUGGAGAGUCCGAGGCCAGAGCCUUCCAUAUGCCCAAUCCUUUCAGGUCGCUCAAGACUCUGCUCCGAAAAGACAACGCAGUCAUCGUUCUGGCUUGGGGGUUUAUGUAUGCCGUUUAUUCUGCCCUCACAGCGAGUCUUUCGACACUCUUCAUCGAAACUUACGGUCUGACCGAGUGGCAAGCAGGCCUGAUAUAUCUACCUUUCGCUCUAGGUGGAACUGUCUCAACGUUCUUCUCCGGGUACUUGCUCGACACGGCUUACAGCCAGACCCGUUCCACGCGUGGGCUGUCGACGGACCGCAUCAAAGGAGAUGAUCUGGACGAAUUUCCAAUUGAAAAGGCACGAUUAAAUAUUAUGUGGAUACCGAUGCUGGUUAUUACUCUUUGCACGGUGGCUUAUGGGUGGGUUCUUCAUUACAAGCAGCACAUUGCAAUCUCUAUGGUCCUUCAGUUUAUGACUGGCAUGGCCUUGCAGACAAACUUCAGUGUAGGGAAUCCUUCGUGUCGGAGUUUUCAACAUUCGCACACGGUCUGA